AUGGCAAGGUUCAAAUUAAUGGAGGUCACAGUUAGUUGGACUGUACUUCUGACUCUAGCCCACUUUACAUACCUGCUGGUGGGGGCCACCAUCGUCCGAAUACUGGAGCGAGAGGCUGAGAGCAACAACCGAGACCACUUCCAACUGGAGAAGCUUCAUUUCUUGGCCAAUUAUACCUGCUUGGAUGGACCAGGGCUGGAGAAGUUUGUAAAGGUUUAUCUUCAUUGUCUUCUUCGAUGAAUUCCAGAUGGAGAGAGUUGGUAAAGAGAAACAGCUGAUGAAAUAAACUGAAUCAAGCUCUUAUGAAUUCCGAACCAUGGCUUCUUGGGAUCAAAAAUAAAACGAUUGACUUCAAAACUCUUAAAUUUAUAACAAUAAAAAUACAAUUUAGCUCUCAAAUCCUCAAGUGUGUUAUGACCCAACUACUUAAUGGACUCAAGUCAAUCCUCCUUUUUAGUGUAGCCGUUAAGUAACCAUGUUUUUGUAUGUUUACAUAUGAUUUUAGAUGCCUGGGAAAAAAGGAGUGAAUCCUUCGGGAAACUCAACAAACCCUAGUAACUGGGAUUUCUGCAGUUCUUUCUUUUUGCAGGCACAGUCGUCACAACUAUAGGUGAGCAUCUUUGCAUUUCACACAUUUUUAACUGCAGAUUUUAAGUAAUUCUAAUUAAUUCACAUCACUUUUGCCUUAGACAUAAAAAGAUAAGAUUGAAAAUCAAACAGUAAAAAAUGACAGAAUAUACUAAAUAAUGAGGUCACCAGUCUGUCAGCAUACUGCAAAGAGUGAAUUCCUGAUAUCAUGUGUCAUGGCCUUGAAAGCCCUUUGACCAUUCAUCUUAAGGCUAUGCAGGUCAGGGAGGCAAAUUUUGCAUAUUUGUCCUGACAUUGUAAGAUGAUGAGUAUGAAGGAUUUCACUGGGGCAUCUACAGAAGCCUGACAUGGUUUUGCUCUGCAAGGGAGGUUGAGAGCUCUGGACAUGUAACAGGCAGCCAGAGGUCAUGAGACCAACUGUCUGAGCUAUAUUUGUUAAUAAUGCAACAGUUUCCUUGAUAACUGAUGAAAAAGAUAUCUAAAGUGAAAUGACAUCAAUGUGUGUAUAAGUAUUUGAAGUUUAGUGGCUGAAACUUAAGAUCUGCACAAAAGAAAAGAACGUCUCUUUAUCUCCCUCUUUCUCCUCUCUAAACCAAGCUCAGCCUCAGCAGAUGACUGUCUAACAUAAGUCUGAUUCUACUCGAGGUUUCUGCCUGUCAGAGGAAGUUCAUCCUCUUCACUGUAACUUGAUAAAUACUGCAAAGUGUUUCACUCAUGGUAGAUAAAGACUGGAUCAGAGUGAGCCUGCACUCUCAGGACAGGUCUCGAUCUUAUCCCAUCUUGAUGUUGGGUUUUUGUAAAUAUGAUGAAGACUGUGGUCUCUUCUUGAUUGGCGCUAUAUAAAUACAGAUUGUUUGAUUGAAACAACAAUCGGUGACUGAUGUUUGAAAUGAAUCCAAUGAUUUGAUCCACAGGCUAUGGAAACCUGUCCCCCAGCACAGUUUCUGGUCAAGUAUUCUGUGUAUUUUAUUUGCUGUGUGGGAUCCCACUGAACCUGGCCUUCCUCAAACAGCUGGGGAAAUGUCUCACCAUCCACCUGGGCCGACUGGAGAGGGGAAUGGUCUCCGUUUUUCCUCAUAAGGUACUGACUGUUGUCCAUUUCCAAGCACCAACCACCAUAUUUAAACAAAAUCUCCUUUUGCUGUUUGUUUGGUAGCAAACAGUGGAGUCUCGAGCUGUGAGCCUGUUCUUCAUAUCAGGCAGUCUGGUGUUUGUGGUCAUCCCUCCUCUGCUGUUCAGUUACGUGAAAGGCUGGAUGUUCGGAAAGGGUUUCUACUUUGCCUUCAUUACCCUCAGCACAAUUGGUUUUGGAGAUUAUGUGGUGGGUGAGUAGAGAAAGCAAACAAUCAGUAAUGGGGUGGAAAGACCACAGCCGUCACACACCUGUUGGAUAGAAAUGCCUCCUCCUCUCAAACACGUGCUGCUGAACAAAAAAAUAUGAGUAAAAUUUGCAUGUACUAACCAGUAUCGUCACUAUUUCUAGGGACUGACCCAGAUAGGCAGUGCAUCUCUCUGUACAGGAGCCUGGCUGGUAUAUGGAUCAUCUUCGCCUUGGCUUGA